ACGAGGAAAGUUCAUGGGCUGGCAGGAUGUAAAAGGAGCAACACUGCAGCUCUGUCCAAACAGCCACAAGGUCCUGGACGCUGCCUUUGUGUUUGGAACCCUGUACCGUCAGUCUUGCACCCUCGAAGUCUCUGAACUGCUGCAAAGGACUCCAGAACCCAUCUUCUACGAGAUGUUUUUGCAGUUUGAAGAUGAUAAGGGGAACCUCCAAUUGUGGCCCGUUCCUAUAGGCAAUCCUUUAAUAGUAACAAACAACCAAGUGCCCCCGUUGACUCGAGCACUCAGAAGGUUCUUUCUGGUCGAUGGGCUGUCAAACAGAAAAGGGAAUUUGUCAAAUGCUCCAGCAUCUGUUACACUGGCAAAAGAAUUGCUUCUCAGUGUCCACCUACCAACCACUGUUCCUGGAGAAGACCCACCUUUCUUCUUGACAGUCAAAUAUGUGAGGCACAACCUUGCAGGAGUUGCCCAGGUGUCAUUUUCAGUCUCCUAUAUUCAGAGUCCUGGAUCAGCUCAGCUUGCAACUGAUAUUGCCUUCGGGGUUCUGGGGUUUCUUGCUGUCCUCUGUGCCUUGUUGGAAACCAGCAGUUGGGCCCGGCGAUCUCGCCUGCAAAACAUCAAUUUUACGACCGUAUUGAAAUUCUUUGCUUGCUUGACUGGAUCUCUGGCAAAUGUCUUUUUCGUGGUCACUCUGGGAAUUAGCAUUUACUGGUUGAUUGUUUUCAAGGGACAGCAGUUUUCUACAGUGGAAAUUACACUCCCAGCUUCCGGUAGCCAAGCAGAAACCAACUUUAUCAUCUAUGCGUCGUGUGCUCUUGUUUUGAAGAGCCUGGAUCUCCUCCAUCUUAUGAUCACCCAGUUAACAAUCUCCAUCUUCCUGAUAGACUGGGAGAAGCCGAAGGAAAGACCAUCAGCGAAAGGAGGACCAGGGGCAGCUUCAUCAGUGAGUGCCUGGAGGACUUUUCUGAUCGCUAAUGAGUGGAAUGAAAUCCAGACACACAGGAAAGUGCAUCCUUCGCUUCAGCUGUUUGCUGUUUUGUUGGUUUUGGAGGUGGUGGGACUGAAAAACCUCGCAUCAAGAGACCUGGAUGUCAGUCUCCAGCCUGACCCAAAUGCCUACCAGGCUCCCUGGAGCCCUAUUCUUCGUUUUGGGAUUGCUGCUUCUGUUUGGCUGGUGGUGGGCGUUGUGCAGAUGCUGGUGUCUGUUGGGUUGUAUCAACGUUUUGUGGAGAACAAGAUUCAUCAGUUCGUUGACCUUUGUUCCUUGAGCAAUGUAUCAGUGUUCAUCCUGACCCACAGAUGCUACGGAUUCUACAUUCACGGGAGAAGCAUCCACGGACAGGCUGAUGUGGGCUUGGACACCAUGCUCUCUCAUCUCAAGAAGGAGGAGGACAACCUUUGUCCUCUCAGGGGCCUGGAGGCUUACUCUGAGGUGCAGACAUUCGAAGUGCUUCUCACUGACCGGACUCGGACCUUCUACGACAGAAUCCUCCUCUCGUUAGUAGAGCUUCAGAGAGGGCUCCGCAGCCGUCCAGAUCUUCACGAACAGAGGCUGAAAGGCUACUAUGCGCUGAACCGUUUCCUGGUCUCGUUCUUGGAACAUAGGCAUAAAGAUAUGGACUAUGUAGUGAAGGAUAAGUUUUUCUUGGAGAGGAUGAUGGACUUGGAGUUUCAGGAGCCAGGAGACCUCUCAAUUCUCUAUAACGAUGACGGUGCGUUAUUCACCUGGACACUCUUCUACGGCCAUGAGUUUUUGCUGCUUCUCUUUGAAACCUUGCUGUUCUGUGCUGUGGAUUUCGGGUCACAGAACUUUGUGCUAUCGACAGUUGUUACCUUUGCUGUGCAGAAGCUUGUGAAAAUGGUGCGCAACACGCUCGGAAGGCGAAAUCUGGCAGAGAAGACCUUGGUGGAAAAGCAGUUCCUGAUCUAAGGGCGACGGCAGGUGGGAAGAGAGGUCCUGUUGACCAGGCUGCAGAUGCGUUUGGGAAGAAGUCCAGACUUCUCAGCCUCUGAAGUUUCAUUUUUUAGGGAAGGAAAAUGUCUGCGAAGAACCUGUUCUCAUUUUCAGGAUUCUCACUCAAAACACAUGAAACAGCGAGGGUAGGUGGAGGAUCUCUCCCAGGGGCCACCAAGACGUGAUGCUUCUGCUUUAAUUUGGAUGGCCGUGUGCUUCUGGGUGUAGGCUCGGCACAUUCCCAGUACAAUGAUGUCCCUGUGGGUCUCCAGUUUUCCUGGAGGGGGGGGGGAAUUCAUCCACCACUUUUCUUCUUUCUGGAGAUUUUGAUUGGGAGGCUCAAGUUUGACUCCAUCACGGAGCUCAGAGGGCCUCAUUGGGGCUGUUGUCUUUCAGCCUGGUCUCCCUUACUAUCAGGUUCAGCCCAAAGAACUCCAAGAGACAAUGCAAAUACAGUUC